AUGGCAUCUCCCGACCCUGCCCCCGCGCCAGCUGGCUCCGAUGAAGCGAUUCGCCUGAGAGAGCUUCAGGCAUAUGUUCGUGAUCAGGAUGAUCUAGAAAGAGACAUCACUCGGAAGGCCGAUAAGAUCCUCGCGGAGAAGGCCGAAGAAAAUGAAACAAAGAGGCUGGAGAAGGCUUUGACUGACAAAGAAAAAGCCGAAUCCCAGAUCCGCCAGGCGCGCCAUCGACUGACCCAGCCUGUUGGUGCCAGCACCCGACGUCGCAUCGAAACCGAACUGCAUAGACUGGAGUCACGCAAGUCUGGAUUGGUCAACGAUGUGAGGGAUAUACAGAAGCGCAUCGACGAGAGGCGUCAGCUGCAGGACAGCGCCACACCAGUCCAUGGGACGGGCCGGCUCCCAAACGAGUCCCGUCGCGAUUACCUGCUCCGGACGGGGAAAAUAACACCAUUUGCGUUGAUGAACGCCGAUCCUCAUGGGCCGCUAGCCAAUCUCCAAGAUGCACUCGCAGAUGCCGAGGAUCAACAUGACGAAGAAGAAGAGCGCGACCAAGCAGCACACCAACCAGUCGCAUCUCACCGCGAUCUUGUGCGCCCGGACCUCGACUUCCAUGAAAUUAGCGAGGGCGGUCCUCUAGCGGGCGGCAGGAAGCGCAGGAAGCUCGAUGAAACCCCCGCUAAACCAAAGCCCCAGAAGGCUCGCGCCACCAGUGUCUCGGAUGAUGGGUCCGCGAGCUAUGUGGCCUCGGAGGAUGGCGAGGCCGCAUCAGAGGAUGAAGAAUUCAUGCCUGACACGCUGCCGGACACACCGCCGACUCGUAAGCGCAAACAGGGGAAGGCUGAAACUGAGCUCGAGGAUCUCAGCGGAGUAGAUGAUGGCAAUGAAGCAAUUUAUCAGAGUCGCGUUCAGAAGUGGAUCAAUCGACGGAGUGCCGCUCGUCAGCGUGCCCAGACAAACCCUGUUGCAGAGGAAACCGAAGACGAGGAAUGGCUGAAGCCGCACCCAACGGAACCGGAUAUGGAGCUCGAAGAUGGUCUCCGUGUUCCGGGAGACAUCCAUCACUACCUCUUUCCCUACCAGCGCACUGGUGUCCAGUGGCUUUGGGAACUGCACCGGCAGACCGUCGGUGGAAUCAUUGGAGACGAAAUGGGGCUGGGAAAGACAAUCCAGGCAAUCGCUUACCUUGCCUCGUUGCAUCACAGCAAGAAGUUCACUAAGCCGGCUAUCGUCGUAUGUCCUGCCACGCUCAUGAAGCAGUGGGUUAACGAAUUCCAUCGCUGGUGGCCGCCAUUCCGCGUCUCAAUCUUGCACUCCUCCGGAAGUGGUAUGAUCAACCUUGGCAAAGAGAAUAGCAGGGAGAAUGCCCUGACCUCUGAGAUGAUGGGCCAUCACAAUGCCCGGUUUUUGUCCGCCGGGCAGAAAGCCGCCAAGAAGAUGAUCAAACGGGUCACCGAAGAAGGACAUGUUUUGGUGACGACUUACUCGGGGUUGCAGUCCUAUGCCGAUGUUCUUGUCGAUGUGAAUUGGGGAUGUGCUAUCCUCGAUGAAGGUCACAAAAUCCGCAACCCGGAUGCCGGCAUUACCUUCAGCUGCAAAGAACUUCGGACCCCCCAUCGCAUCAUCCUGUCUGGCACACCAAUGCAGAACAGUUUGGUUGAUCUUUGGUCUCUGUUUGACUUUGUCUUUCCAAUGCGUUUGGGAAAUCUGGUCACCUUCAAAAACCAAUUUGAGAUCCCUAUCCGCCAGGGUGGAUAUGCCUCGGCGACCAAUCUGCAGGUGCAGACGGCUGCAAAGUGCGCAGAGACCUUGAAAGAUGCCAUCAGCCCGUAUCUUAUCCAGAGAUUCAAGGCAGAUGUAACGGCCGAUCUUCCCCAAAAGAGCGAGCAGGUUAUAUUCUGUAAACUCACCCAAUACCAGCGAACUAUCUACAAGAGGUUCCUUGCUUCGGACGAUAUGAAGUCUAUAUAUCGGGGCAAACGGAAUUCUUUGUUCGGCAUUGACAUUCUUCGCAAAAUUUGCAAUCAUCCCGACCUCGCGGAUCAUGCAUUACGAUCUCAAGAGACUGACUACGGCAGUGGCGAGCGAUCAGGAAAGAUGCAGGUUCUGAAGGGUCUGUUGGAAGUGUGGAAAGAUACUGGACACAAAACGUUGCUUUUUGCACAGACUCGCCAGGUGCUGGAUAUCAUUGAGAAAUUUAUCAAAUCACUGGGAGGCUUCAAUUUCCGCCGAAUGGACGGUACCACUCCAAUCAAGGACCGACAGGCGAUGGUGGAUACCUUCAACAAUGAUGCUGGUAUCCAUCUUUUCUUGUUGACCACCAGAGUUGGGGGCAUCGGAGUGAACUUGACGGGAGCCGACCGGGUGAUCAUCUACGACCCCGAUUGGAAUCCAUCGACCGACCUGCAGGCACGCGAGCGCGCGUGGCGACUGGGCCAGAAGCGUGACGUGACCAUCUUCCGCUUGAUGACCAAAGGCACCAUCGAAGAGAAGAUUUAUCACCGACAGAUCUUCAAGCAGUUCCUGACCAACAAGAUCACUCGUGACCCCCAACAACGAGAGGGAUUCCAGCUCAGCGACCUGUAUGAUUUGUUUUCGCUCACUGAUGAAGACGACAAGGAGCUGGAGACAACUAGGCUCUUCAAAAACGCCGAGGUCACUUACCAGGAAGAGUCUGACGAAACCCCGGCCCGCAAGAACGGUAACCAGCCUAAAGGAAAAUCGAAAGCACGCUCCGCUUCCCCAGAAGAUGCGGGCAUCAACAGCCUGCAGGGGAUUGCGAACAUCGAAGAAUUCCAAACUGCUUCCGAAGAUACCGACGAGCAAGGCAACCCCAAAAACUCCGAGGACCACAUUAUGCAUGGCAUCUUCGCUCGGUCCGGCGUUCACUCUGCCCUCCAGCACGAUCAGAUCGUGAACGGAAAGCGUGUUCUUCGAGCGGACCCGAAGAUGGUUGAAGCCGAAGCGCGCCGGGUCGCCAACGAAGCAGCAGCAGAGCUGCGCAAGGCCGAAGAAACUGCCCGCUCAACUCCCAUUGGACUUCCCACCUGGACGGGCCAAUUUGGUGUCGCGGGCCGCUCGGAUCUCUCUUCGGGAGGGAGCUCGGCACGACCCGUCGGCGGCCCGUCGUCUGCGAACCUUCUUGCCAAUCUCAACCCUCAGGCUGCGCGGGCUGAUACUGCCAGCCCCCAGCCCUCCCGUAUGCCUCGUGGCAAAGAGUUCAUUUCUCUGAUUCGCGAUUUCAUCGCUUCGCGCCGCGGCCCAGUUUACACGCAGGUGAUUGUGGAUCACUUCAACCAUUACUGUAACAACCAGCAGCGCGUUGCUGAAUUCCAGGAAAUGCUCAAGACCGUUGCGACACUCAGUCGCAGUCGCGAUGGUCGUGGCCGCUGGACGCUGAAGCCAGAGUUUGAGAAGCGACCGCCCCAGAAGGAGUAA